AACAAAUAUAACCUAUACAUCUCGCUUUCGCUCGUCAGUUAUGCGGUAUUAUUUUAACAUCGAUACGAUGUAAACGAAGAAUCGUCCUGCGAAUAAAUAGGAAUUGUUGCAUUCACGAUGUGUCAAAACCAGCGGGAAAAUCCUGUCAACGGCGAAAGCUUGCACACUGCGCGACGAUGUGAACCACGACGUUUUUUCCCAGCCGAUCGAACGAUGUGAAGGAUAGAUCAAAGAAUUCAAGUACAGUAGUAUCGGACAUAAAACAGAGGCAAUAAUGGAUGAAAUGGAGUACGUAGCUCUGAUCGAGUGGCACUGCCGACAGCACUAUUACAACGGCAUGCUGGCCCAAGCCAGGCAGGCACGCGACGUUUAUCCGAACAGCGAGCGACUGAGGCUCCUGCUCUGCCUGGCGUACAUCCUCGUCGGCAAGAGCCACGAGGCCAUCAAGGAGAGCUCCAGCCUGGUGAACUACGCGGAUUUCACGCUGCCGGCGUUGCUCGUGCAAAACGUCGCCCUGGUCGACGGCGACGUGGAGAGGAGCACCGUGACGCAGAUGGAGAACCGGAUCCGAGACGAGCGCAGAAAGGCGUCCUGCAUCGCGUUGUGCCUGGCGGCGUCCGUGCUGCUCCUCUCCCGGCGAGCGGACAGGGCGAGGGAGUACGUGGACAGGGCGUGGAAAUUGAAACCCACGAAUAUCAACGUGCUGCUCGUCAGGGGAUGGCUGGAGAUCGGCCUGCGAAGAUCGGGCGCGAGCGCCCCGGAGGCGGCGAGCUUCUUCGACUCGGUCCUGAAGGAGGAGCCGAGGAAUCUGAGCGCGUUGCUGGGCUCCGCGGAGGCGAAGCGACGCGCCGAGGACUGUCCGGGGGCCGUCAUGAUACUCAACUCCCUGAUCGUGCGCCACCCCAAGCAGCCGCUGCCGUUGAUCGAGAAGAUGAGGUGCCUGCUGGCGGCGAAGGACUGGGAGCAGGUGCUGGAGCUGGUGAACCGCGUGCUGUCGCUCGAGUCGAACAACCUGGAUGCCAUCAAGGCGAGCUCGGUGGUGGCUCUGUGCAGGGACGGCAACCCGAGCGAGGGCCUGCCGCAGUUGCAGCUGUUCCUGCGCAACCUGCUGCUCGCCGAGCCGAAGAACAUGUCCCUGCUGAUCGGGAAUCUGCGACUGUUCUCCGGCAUCGCGUUCCAGGACAACGGGAUUCUGCUGGAGCUCGCACGGACGGCCGAGAAGAUGCUGCAGGCGACGUCGUCGAGCAGCGCGGAGCUGAUGGCGGAGCUGGGCGACCUGUACGCCGCGCUGGGCAACGUCAAGGACGCCGAGCGCUGGUACAAGAACACCAUCCGCGCGGAUCCGUCCUCCUUCCCGGCGCUCCUGGGCCUGGCGCGCUGCCAGCUGCUGCAGGGAUCCGCGGAGGAUCUGGACCAGGCGCGGCAACAGGUGGAGAUCAUGAUGGAGAUACAACCAAACACGACGAACGUGCAGCUGCUGUUCAUGUCCGCGAGGAUCACUUCCAAGGAAAACAGCGUUAAGGCACUCGGUUACCUGGACGCGGCGGCGAACGUCUUGUUGAACAGCUGCGAGGGCCUUCCUUAUGGCUACGAGUACCUUAGCGAGCUUAAACCGAAUUUGUGUCUCGAAAUUGCGAAGCAGCGUCUGAUGCAUUCUUUGAACAAGCCCCCAAUGAGCGACGAGCUGGGCAGCGCAGUAGAGAAGGAACCGAGCGUCCGCCUGUUAGAACGGCUAGUGGAAGCCUGUUCGGGUUCCAGCGUGGCUGUAUUGCUGCUCAGCAAGGCCAGGAUGCAGAGCGGCGACUACGAGGGCGCGUUGAUCUUGCUCAGGAGACUGUUGGACACGGUGGAGCCGUCCAACGCGCAGGCCCACCUCACGAUGGCUCAGAUCCUGGCGUAUCAGGGCAAGUACCAGCUUGCUUCGCAGAGCCUGGAGGUCGGCCUGAGCUACAACUUCAAGAUCAGGGACGAGCCGAUCUACCAUAUGAUCAUCGGCAUGGUGCAACGACAGGCCGGCGAUCUGCAGAGCUGCGCCAAGAGCUGCCAGACGGCCAUGUCGCUGGCCGGAUUGACCGGCGGCGCUAACAAAAAGUCCAGCAUGUCCACGUCGGACCGAGCGACGUUGUAUCUCGAGUUGAUCGCGGCGUACAGCAAGGCGAGACGGUUCGCCGAGGCACUGGCGCUCGUCGACGAGGCGAAAACGAAUCUCGCUGGCACCACUGAGCUCGGAAGAAUCACCAUCGGCACCGCCGAGGUAUAUCUGGACAUAGGAGAACUGGAGAACGCCGUCACGUGCUUACGGAACGUCCGUCCGGGGCAGCCGUACUACUUGCAGGCGCACACCAGAUUGGCCGAGAUCAAUUUGAAUUAUAGGAAAGAUCGUCAGGCAUUCGCAAAGUGUUUCAGAGAAUUGGUGGAACACUGUCCCGGACCGAAGACGUACAGCAUGUUGGGUAACGCUUACAUGUCCAUACAGGAGCCCGAGAGAGCGAUAGAGGCGUACGAGCACGCGCUUUCGCAGAAUCCGAUCAACAAGGCGGACAUUGCGAACAAGAUGGGCAAAGCGCUCGUCAAAGCGCAUCAAUACGCGAAAGCGGUCAGUUAUUACAAGGAUGUAGUGAAGCAGGACAAUUGCAGUGCUCUAAAAUUAGAUCUGGCCAAAUUGUACAUGAAAAUGAAACAGUAUGAUAAAGCGGAGGCCACUUUGGUGCAAGAGCUGCAAGACAAGCGGGGCGAGUCCGACAUUCUGAGCUUGGAGAUGCGAGGACAGGAGUUGCUGUUGCUCGCCAAGGUGCGCGAGAAGUCGGGCAACAUCAAAGGCGCGUUGGCGACCUUGAAGGAAGCCAAGGAAAAUCAACACAGGUACAUCCAACGUCUCGCCGUUUCGCCGGACGUCGCGGAUCAGAGACAUAUGCUGGCGAACAUCUGUCUGACGAUGGCUGACUACGCGUCGACCUUGCGCAACUACGACGAAGCCAUUGUGUAUUACAAGGAGGCGCUGGCUCACAAGCCUACGGACGUGAACGCCCUGCUCUCCCUGGCGAAGCUGUACAUGCAGAUGAACAACUUGGAUCGGUGCGCGCAGAACUGUUCCAUCUUGCUGAACGCCGAUCCCAACAACGAGGCUGCGUCCGUGAUGAUGGCGGACCUCGCGUUCCGGAAGGUGGAUUUCGACACCGCGGCGUUCCAUUUUCGGCAGUUGCUGUUACGCCAGCCCACCUACUGGACCGCCCUGGCGAGGCUGAUAGAAGUGUCGCGCAGAACAGGUGCUAUGGACGACCUCGACGAGUGGCUGCAACGCGCGCAGGUCGCGAUGGGCGCCGGCAACGUCGAGGCCGGCUUCCACUACUGCGCCGGGCUGCUGGACUGGCGCACGGGCAAACUGAACUCGGCUCUGCGCAAUUUCAACUACGCGCGACGCGAUCCGGAAUGGGGCCAGCAGGCGAUCUACAAUAUGAUUGAGAUCUGCCUGGAUCCGGACGACGACACCAGUCUGUCGAACGAGGCCUUCAACGACGACGACGCCGAGUAUCAGGAUUCGAGGACGAUGGCUUUGCGGACGGCUUACCGAUUGCUCCAGGAAUUGAAUCCCAAGGGCAGCCCUCAUGAAGAACUGACCCACAAGCUCCUCAGCAACUUCUUCUUGCUGGCCACCAAGCAGAAGUCCAACAUCGAGAAAGCCCUGCAGGAGUGCACCGCGCUAGCCAGUCAGGAUACCCUGAGGGAUCACGUGGGGCCCGCUCUCGGCAUGGCCACCGCGCACAUUCUGCUGAAGCAAACGCCGCGCGCCCGGAAUCACCUGAAGCGCGUCAGCAAGAACGUGUGGACGUUCGAGGACGCCGAGUACCUGGAGCGUUGCUGGCUGCUGCUGGCGGACAUCUACGUGCAAUCCAGCAAAUACGAACUGGCGAACGAGCUGCUGAAGCGGGUGCUGCAGCACAACGCCACCUGCGUGCGGGCCCACGAGCUGUCGGGCUACAUCGCCGAAAAGGAUCAGAAUUAUCGCGACGCGGCGGCGAGAUACGGCCAGGCCUGGAAGUGCGGCGGCAAAACGAAGCUGUCGGUCGGCUACAAGCUGGCCUACUGCUGCCUGAAGGCGAAAAUCUACGCCGACGCGAUCGAGGCGUGUAACGAGGUGCUGAAGCAGAGCUCGGAUUAUCCGAGGAUCAGGAAGGACAUCUUGGAGAAGUGUAUCAACAACCUGCGCACGUGAAGCAUCUGAUCGCUCCGUUCAACUUGGGCUUGAUAUAUUGAUCGAUCGUUUACUUGUUUACGUUACACACAUUGUAUACAAUUAUAUAAUUAUACACAUCCGUCCUCUGUCGUUAUUAAUGAAGAUAUUAUGUACCAGUUUUAGAGCGAAUAAAUAUUUAGGCGACUAUACUCAA